CCCCCUCCUACUCGAGCUCUCAUUGCAGUAGGAGGGUCCAUGUGCACACAAUCACGUCGCUACGCAAGUCUGUCUGAGUCCUCCGCUGUUUUUAUUAGUCUUCAGUUGGGCGCCUUCAACAAUCUAGCAGCAAUGUGCACGUAAACAGAAAACUGUCGACAGGACGUUUCGGUGAAGUCGCUGUCGACCGUUGUACGCGUGCAGUGCGCUGUCGUUAAGGAUCUCGCGUCAUGCGCGCGGCAGUGUGCGGUGCGUUCAGCUGUCACAACUGGAACUAGUAUGCAAGCAGUCGCAACACUGGGAAUACUUCUAAACACAACUUAACGGCACUGUUUAGUGCCAUUUUCUCAGUUUUGUCCAUUGGAUUACUUGUGGCCAGCAGAAAAGAUAACUGUCAAAAUUGGAUGUUAUAACUACGGUUUAUCAAAUGGUCCAGGUAUGGAGACUAAAAGAUACCAAAGUUACUCCGAAGGGGCAACUCCAGAAAAUAAAUGGGCACAGAUGCCAAACACCAUGGAGUAUUGCUGUUCUGCAGAAGAGAGUUUAACAAACAGUGAUGUGCUCAUGGAUAUUGUAAACUCGAGCAAUGCCCCUAAUGCGCCGUCUGCCUGCAAGGACAACAACUUUAAGACUACCCAGACAACAGUGCUUAGAGUUAACCAGAAUCAACCAUUACAGUUUCCCUCCUUCAACAACUCCUUCAACAACCGCAAGUCAGAAACAGAUUCAAAGGAGCUCUCCAAAACGGUUGCUGAGUCUAUGGGUUUGUACAUGAAUGCUGCCAGGGAGGCAGAUUUUGGCUUUGCCCAACAUGGUACUGUGGGUAGGCAGGGUAGCCCAGGGAAACUGUUUCCUCUUUGUGGGAAAGCAAUUGAAGACAGCCAGUCCAGAACAACUGGGAGCCCAAAGAUGAAAGCUCCCCCAGCUUCAUUCCCACCUGGGUCCCAACAAACCAAUGAUAGCCCUCAGGAUUGUGCUGUAGUCUCUGGCUCAGUGUCCUCUGCAAUGACCACCGUUCUUUCUUGCAGCACUGAUGGGUCUGGCCCCAUGUCUAGUCCUACAGGACACAACAUGGUGUCGUCCACUACCAGCCCCACCUACUUUGAUUCUGACUGUCCGUCGUUGGCUUCUGCCAGCACCAACUUGACCCAAGGUCACCACACCAGCCCCAACACCUGUAGCCCUGCAAAAUCCAGCAUGGUGGGGUCACCUCCACUGGCUAGUCCACUCAGUGUUAUGAAGUCUCCGGUUUCCAGCCCUCAUAGUAUAGGUAGUGUGAGGUCACCACUUUCAUGUAACACCAAUAUGAGAUCAUCUGUCUCAAGUCCAACAACAAAUGGAGGCAAUACCUGUAACAUUAGACCAUCCAUCUCCAGUCCGCCCACUGUUGGCAGCAUGGCCAUGUCCAGUCCCAGGAACUCAUCAAGGGGAUUCUCUGUCUCUAGCCCUUCCAGUGGAUUGGGCCUAGUGCAAAAUGAUGCCAACAGCCCUGAGAGCCAAGAGCAUGACUUCAAGGGAUUCGAGUUUCCGAAGGUAGAGAACGUGGAUGGGGAAAUAUUUAACAUCGGAUUGGAUGCUAUGGGAGUGGCCAAAUACAUCAAAAAUGAACCUGGGACUGAUUACAGGAGCAUGUGCCUGGGCAGAAGCAAGAGCGCUAUGCCACACUCUCCAUUCGUGACUCAAAUUAAGACGGAGCCAAACAGAGAGGUAACUUGUUCGAACCUCCAUUUUGUUGAGCCGCAACACUCUCUGGGCUGCUUUCCUUCUGCAGAGACCACAUACUUGUCUUUGAGGGAUAAUAUUGACGAAUAUAGUCUUUCUGGGAUCUUGGGACCUCCUGUUUCUUCUCUUAAUGGCAACUAUGAACCUGGUGUGUUUCCUAACAAUAGCCUGCCCAAGGGGAUUAAACAGGAAACCAAUGAUGGCAGCUAUUACCAAGAGAAUAAUAAUGUGCCCACGUCGGCUAUUGUUGGUGUUAAUUCAGGUGGACAUUCAUUUCAUUACCAGAUCGGAGCGCAAGGAACAAUGUCGUUUUCACGCCACAAUUUGAGAGACCAGACGAACCCCUUGUUGAAUCUAAUUUCUCCAGUUACUGGAUUAAUGGAGACGUGGAAAACUCGCCCAGGGUUGUCACAGGGGCCUCUCUCUGUCAGGGGGGAUGGCUAUCCAGGCCCAGUCUGCCUUACAGAAAACAUGGAAAGGUAAGACACAAGCUUGUCUUUUAUU